AUGCCUAAACGCAUCCUCUGCUCGUACGGUGUCGACGUUGAUGCAGUUGCUGGAUGGCUGGGCUCAUACGGAGGCGAGGACUCUCCCAGUGACAUUUCUCGUGGUCUGUUUGCUGGAACUCAUGGAACUCGUCGCAUGCUCAAGUUGUUCGAUAAAUACAAUAUCAAAGCAACUUGGUUUAUUCCUGGACAUAGCCUUGAGACUUUUCCAGAAGAAUGUGUUAUGGUACGCGAUGCAGGUCAUGAAAUUGGCCUCCAUGGCUAUUCGCAUGAGAACCCGUCAGAUAUGACGCUAGAGCAACAGCGUGAUGUCUUGGAUAAAACACAUAAGAUGCUAACUGAAUUCUGUGGGAAACCGCCUCGUGGAUGUGUCUCCCCGUGGUGGGAGACUAGCCGAGAGGGCGUCGAUCUAAUGCUUAGCUAUGGCAUCGAAUAUGACCACUCAAUGUCUCAUGAUGACUGCCACAUGUAUUAUUUGCGGACAGGGGAUAGUUGGACCAAGAUUGACUAUAAACAAAAGGCCGAGACCUGGAUGAAACCAUUACUGGACACAGAUAUGCUAACACCUCUGGCAGACAGCCCCAACAGCCACGGCUGGGUCAACUCACGAGACGUUGAGGAUCUUUGGAGAGAUCAUUUUGACUACUUCUACCGGGAAGAGGCAGAUGAUCCCGAUAACAUUUGUGUUUUCCCUAUUACAUGUCAUCCCGACGUUUCAGGCCGACCACACGUUCUUUUGAUGCAUGAGAGAUUGAUUGAGUACAUCAACAAGCACGAGGGUGUUGAGUGGGUGACGAUGGAGCAGAUGUGUGACGAGUUCAAGAAGAAGAACCAGCCGCCCGAGGGUGCUUUACUGCCAAAGGUUCAGAGUUAG